UACAUUUCUUCCAACUGCCGGAAGUAGCAUAUGGAAUCUUGCGCAUGCGGCCUUGAGCUUUCGAACCUAGCCAUCUUUUCUGGGAGUGAUUGUUUGCCGUGUAAAUUUGAAGUAUUCCCUCAUUCAUGUCAGAGCCACAGUCCGCUCUUUUAUUACGGAAACAACUAGCAGAACUGAACAAGAACCCUGUUGAAGGGUUUUCAGCUGGCCUCAUAGACGACAAUGAUAUUUAUCGAUGGGAGGUACUUAUUAUUGGACCUCCAGACACCCUAUAUGAAGGUGGAUUUUUCAAAGCACACCUACACUUCCCAAAAGAGUAUCCAUUACGACCUCCUCGGAUGAAGUUUAUUACAGAAAUAUGGCAUCCAAACAUUGAGAAGAAUGGUGAUGUGUGCAUAUCAAUCCUGCACGAGCCAGGCGAUGACAAAUGGGGUUAUGAGAAGGCAUCGGAACGAUGGCUACCAGUUCAUACGGUGGAGACUAUUUUAAUCUCAGUCAUAUCCAUGUUGGCCGAUCCAAACGAUGAGAGUCCAGCCAACGUAGAUGCAGCAAAAGAAUGGAGAGAAAAUUAUACAGAUUUCAAACGAAAAGUGGCUCGAUGCGUACGGAAAAGUCAAGAGGAGUGUUUGUAGGGCAUUUUUUUAUUUCAUUUGGGCAUGAUUAUUUAAAAUGAGGAGGAAGUAUGCCAUCAUUACGAGGGCCUGAUCUCAUGGGGUUGACAAGUGAAAAAGAUGAUUGCAAUUUUAAUAAUUGUUUUUAAUUAAAAUUAACAGUCACAGUGUCUGUUGAAGAGGGGAAGGGAUAUUGAAAUGCUGCUCCAAGCUAAUGGCUGAAUGAAUGCAUGCAUGAAUUCCAUGUCCCAGAGAGAUACACUGCUCCAAGCCCUCAGAAGAUAGUGAGAUGCCUGACUCCACUCAUCUCAGUGUGAGGUAUGUGCAGCAGCUUCAUGAUGUGUCAACGGGACUGACUCAGCAUAACGGAAGUUUUGCUUCCCCCAAGAAAAAUAUGACCAGCUAGGUUUCAUCCCUGUUGCAGACUUCAUGUUAACUAUUAUUGCUCUCAUGUUGGGGAGUGCUGCAAAUCAACUGUAAGCCCUCAGUCGAUGUGUGAAUAUCGAUAUGUGCUCCUGUGAUGAUGUAAUUUUCUGCCUUCCCAUCGUCAGAAUACAAAAAGGCUCUCGGAAACAUCGUAUCGGUGUAGACGUUAGCUCAAAUAAAUGCCUUUGGAUUGUGUUUUUUAAUAACUUUUCUGGAAAUGGAGACUGCUGAAAUGCACAAGAGGACAUGAAUGGUGGGUAUGCAGUAGGAAAUGGGGGGAAGGAGGGGCUGUUUUUGUUUCAUCUUUCAUCUUCAACGAUAAACUUGUGUUUUGAGGGGUGUGUGAAUGGACAUCAGUUUGUUUUUGGCAUGCUUGUCUACAACAAUUAAAUUAUUACACAGUUACAACUCGGUAAGGGAAUGUAUAUUGCAUGAAAUGGAGAGUGACAUUGUUCAAGUGUACUGCCUUGUUUUUGCUUGGUUUGAAGAAAAUGAGAGAUGCAUGUUGUUCACAGUCAGUGCUGUAACUAGCUUUGCACCAAGCAAGUGGCCUAUGCUGCUCUGAAUUGCCAGAAAGUCUGUACAGAUUAUGUAUAUAUUUGACAAUGAAAUGGCAAUGGCACUAGCAACAACUUUGGACAGAUAAUAAAACAAACAUCCCUGUAUUUAAGGGGUUGUUUUCAGUCUGAAGAUGAUUUCACCAGCCAAAGGGGGAAGUAAAUAGUUUUGGGGCUAUUGUAGGGGAUGUAGAUAUUUGAAAAUUAAAUGUGCUUCUUUAAUAAGAGAUCAUAUUUAUAAAUGCUACAUAUGUGCUUCAAAAUGGAUGUUUUCAAAAAAAAGAAAGUGUGUCAGAUUGUAAGAAUGGAAUAUUGCUGUUACUAAUGUAAAUUUUCACCCUGUGACAAUCUUUAAUCCCCGCAUGGCCUGUUGGAAAUCACCUUCAUUUGUUUUUCUUUCUAAACCACAUAACUGAUAUUCAGGGAUAUUCUAGUGUACAUGUUUUGAUUUUUGUUCCUUUUUUAAUGCUCAAUAUCCUUGAAACAAGUGUAAUGUAAUUGAUAAAACAAUUUCAUCUGGAAUGUUUGAACUACAUAAAUUUAAUCCUUCCUUUGCAUGAAUGUGUUUGAUAUUCUUUUGUGUAAAAUUAUUUCUCAGACCUGUCUGAAAACAAUAUUUGCAAUCUUCAUUGGUAUUUAGUUCUUAAUGAUAGUUUAUUAAAAUUGAGAAAACAAAAUUGUCAUCCUUGCUAUUUAUGAAACAGAAUUGGUUCUAAGAUUUGAACUGUGUAAAGAAUGCUGUGUUGUCUUACAACCUCUACUAUUUAGUAUCCAUUUUCCAAUAAAAUUUAUAAAACCAGACUUGAGUCUUUCCCAGUGAUGUGUUAUUUGCACUGAACUUUUAUUUGUAAAAUUUUGAUAAAUAUUUGCAAAAUGUUUACCUGCUUACUGCCAUUCCUAGUUCUAGGAGUCAUGCAACAAUUGUCAGGCUGUUUUGUAAGGAUUUACUGACAUAAAACAGACCACUGUGUCCAAGAUUAUGUAGCAGAAAUUACAUAAAAUUAAAUGUUGCAUGGCUGUGCCAUCUGUCAAAACACGAACAUGUAGAAAAGUGGCAUUUGAUUAUUGCUAGAUUGGAUUAUGGUAACCCUAGCAGAACCUGCCUCAUCAUCUCAAAUCAGUUUAGUGUCAGAAAGAGGCUUAUAAAUUUGAGGAAUGUGAUGGGAAUAGAAAAUGUCAAUGUAACAUAUUUCUAUGUUGGACAUUCCUCCCACUUCUGAGGAAAAUGUAAAGUAUAAUUCUGGAACACUGUUGAAGUUGCAGAGUGGUUGAUAAUGUUGACUGUGUGAUAAAGUUUCUGUUCUGUGCUGUGAUGUAGUAAACAAAUACUAGCUAAAGCUGCAUAGAAGCCUGAAAUGAUAUGGAUGUCAGAAAACAACCCUGACUAGAAGCUGGCUAUUUUGUGAUGAAAUGUUUUAUUAUGAAGUGUUGUGCAAUUUAUUUUAUUUAACAGACAAUUCAUACCUGAAAUUAAUUGGGUUGAUAA